AUGCGGCUCUACAAACGCAGGGGCGGUCCCACUUCUGCGGACUUUGACUGCAUCUGCGGUCCACUCCUUCGCCAGCAAAAAUCCGCUUCUGCGGGUCACUUCCCGCUCCUGCGGUGCUCUUCACACAGUAUAAUGGGGUCAACAAUGUAUGAAACAUCAGAAUAUCGAAAAAGGGUUUUCACAUCAACAACUUGUACUCAGCAAAAUGAUUCAUUUGGGAAUGUAUUAUAUGGUGCUGGAUCUGAUCUUAUCAAAAGUGAGCUUGGUAUUUAUGGGGAGAAAUUUUUUGGUUCAAGUUCUGCCUAUGUUCAAAGCAAUAUUAGCAGAUACAUUUCGAAUCCUCAGUACUAUUUUCAAGUGAAUGAAGAAUACGUGAAGAAUAAAUUGAAGGUGAUUUUAUUCCCAUUUCUUCACAAGGGACAUUGGAUGAGAAGUGCUGAUUUGGCUGGAGGAGAAUUUUCAUUUAAACCUCCAAUUUAUGAUAUUAAUGCACCUGAUUUGUACAUCCCAAUGAUGGCUUUUGGUACUUAUUUGGUUCUUGCUGGCUACUUCUUGGGCAUUACAACCAAAUUUAGUCCAGAAGCUUUAGGUGUACAAUUCACAACAGGACUACUUUGUUGGCUAUUGCAAAUCCUUUUACUUGAGGCCACAUUACACUCUUUAGGAAGUGGAGAAGUGCCACUUCUUGACAUGGUUUCCUAUGGUGGCUACAUUUUUGUAGCAGCAUCAGUCAUUUUAAUUGCUAGGAUUAUUUGGGAUUAUUCAUUUCAUUUAGUUACAUUUUUUGAAUGCUUUUGCAUGGGAUUUUUCUUAAUAAAAACCAUGAAAAGAAUCCUAAUUGCAGAAGUUAGGAGCUUUGAAAAGCAUUCAACAAAAAGAAAUUACCUUUUGCUUUCCAUGGCUUUGUCUCAAAUCCCUUUGCUUUUUUGGUUGGGAAAUGUUGGUGUUGGAGCUAAGUGAGAGGAGAGGCGGACGCAGGAUUCGGCUAUUGCGGAGGCACUAUGAUAUUGAAUAUAAAUUUGUCACUGCUCAAAAAGAUUGGUAUGUGGGUCUAUGCUAAUAUUUGACUAACUUUUGGAGACAUUUGCAAGUAUAUAUGGAAUUUUUAUCGAAGUUUUUGGGUACUGGUGACCCCU